GGUGAUGAUGGCGGUAGAGGAGCAUCGCUGAGUUCGCGACUAGGUUUUUAUAUUAAUACAAUAAACUGCUGAUUGACACAAUACAUCUCCUCCGUCUCCCUAACGAGGGACAAUGGGAAACGAAGCCAGCCUCGAGGGAGGGGGGCAACCCGGGGAACCAGGCUCCAUCUCUAUGGCGGGAGCUCCGGGGUCAAUUUCAGCACCACCGGGCUCUGGACAGCACAUCAAGCCCGUAAACGGUGCUGCGGCCGGGGGAGGCAUUGGUGGCGGACCGGGGAUCGGGAUGAAUAGGGGUCCGAUGGGCAGCCCCAAGCCAGGGGUCCAGCCUGGCUAUGGAGAAAGCAGGGCAGGAGGAGGAGGAGGAGGAGGGGGGCGUGCCGAGCCCUACAGACUAGCCACCCACGAGAGCCCCACCCCCCAGAGGAUGCAGUCCAGCACAGCUCCAGCCCAGGGGACCGGCAUGGGACACGGUCCUGGGAUGGGCUUAGGGAUGGGUCCUGGCCCCGGCGCUGGUAUGGGUCCGGGCCAGGGUCCGGGUCAGCAUGCGUCCAGACGGAACCUCCAGGUGGACUUCAGCAGCUCGGGUCGGACGGGUCGGUCUCCCUCGGUGUCUCCAGACAGGAGCAGCAACCCCACCUCGCCCUACUCCGUGCCCCAUCUGGCCCCCAUGCCCACCAGCAAGCUGUGUCCAGUCUGCACCACCACCGAGCUGACCAACCCACCAGACAUGCCCAACUACAACACCUGCACGCAGUGCCACUCCACCGUCUGCAACCAGUGUGGCUUCAACCCCAACCCCCACCUCACUGAGGUGCAGGAGUGGCUGUGCCUGAACUGCCAGAUGCAGAGAGCCUUGGGCAUCGACAUGACCACACCUCGCUCCAAGAGCCAACAGCAGAUCCACUCUCCUUCCCAUCAGGCCAAGCCCAUCGUCCAGCCACUGGCACAACCAAAGCCUCAAGCCCAGCCCCAGACCCAGACCCAGCACCAGACCCAGCACCAGACCCAAUCCUACUCCCAGCCUCAACACCAGCCCCAAAAUCAGCCCUACUCCCAGCCUCAACAACAGACCCAGCCCUACUCCCAGCCUCAACACCAGCCCCAGACCCAGCCAUACUCCCAGCCCCACACACAGCCCUACUCCCAGCCUCAACAACAGACCCAGCCCUACUCCCAGCCUCAACACCAGCCCCAGACCCAGCCGUACUCCCAGCCCCACACACAGUCCUACUCCCAGCCUCAACCUUAUCAGCAGUCUCAGCCCCAGUCCUUCCAGCAGACUCAGCCCAGACUCCAGUCCCAAGUUCAACCCCACCCCCAGGCCUCCCCUGGCCUGCAAAGACAACCUGGCCCCGGUAUGGCGUCCCAGCCUGGGGCUCAGGUAGGUCCAGCGGCCCAGGGCAUGAGGCCCUCUGACCCUUACACCCAGAGAGGACCUGGGGGUCCUGGAGGUCCAAUAGGUCCUGGAGGCCAGGCCCAGAACCAAGGAGGCCCUCGCAUCCCCCACCCAGGAGCAGUGCCACUCCCUGGGCUGGCUAAGGCUCCCUCGCAGCCUGACCUGGGGCGGGGCUCCCCACUCCACCAGGCUGCCGGCCGCUACGACCACACCCGAAGUGCCGGUUCCUCCCCGGCCCACCGGCCCGCUGCGGCCCAGCCACCACCGGCUCAAGACGGCCUGACAAAGCUGUUUGGGUUUGGGGCGAGUCUCCUGAACCAGGCCAGCACCCUGAUCUCUGUGGACCCCUUGCCCACAGCCCCCAACUCGACAGCCUCCAAUAGCAGGGGCAAGGUACUAUUCAGUGAUGCUAGCUCCGCCAAGCAGCAAGGCCCAGGGCUCCCCGGUGCCAAACCAUUCCAAAUGGGUGGUCCUCAUGCCCCUACACAAAUGGGUGGUCCUCAUGCCCCUACACAAAUGGGUGGUCCUCAUGCCCCUACACAAAUGGGUGGUCCUCAUGCCCCUACACAAAUGGGUGGUCCUCAUGCCCCUACACAAAUGGGUGGUCCUCAUGCCCCUACACAAAUGGGGGGGCCACAUGCCCCUACACAAAUGGGGGGGCCACAUGCCCCUACAAAAAUGGGGGGUCCUCAUGCCCCUACCCAAAUGGGGGGUCCUCAUGCCCCUACCCAAAUGGGGGGGCCACAUGCCCCUACCCAAAUGGGGGGCCCUCAUGCCCCUACCCAAAUGGGGGGGCCACCAGCGCAGAUUCAACAACAGUCUCCAGCGCAUCACCAGAAAGGUCCGCAACAGCAACAACAACAGCAUCUCAAACCGACUGGUAGACAGGAGCCCUGCCCAGCACCCACCCCCGCGCCUGUGCCCUCGGAGCCUGAAAGGCCGAAGGAGCUGUGCCCGCUGUGUAAGACUGUGCUGAACAUCGGGAGCAGCGAGCCCGCCAACUACAACUCCUGUACCCAGUGUCACACGCAGGUUUGCAACCUGUGUGGCUUCAACCCUACACCCCACCUGGUGGAGAAGAAGGAGUGGCUAUGUUUGAACUGCCAGACCCAGCGGCUGAUGUCAGGAAGCCUGGGAGACGCACCCCUUCCUGUUCCUCAUCCGUCUCCAAAGCAACAGCCGAUAGGAUCCCCCCGCCACCAGGCACCGGCAAGUCAGCAGCCGGCUCAGCAGAAAGGCAUCAGUCAGCAGGGGCCCAGGGGCAUGCAGCCCCAGCAGCAGAAGGCCCAGACGGGGCCAGGGACGGGAGCCUUUGGCCCCACUGCAGCCAAACCACCAGAAGAGGCCAAGGCCCCUGGGCAGCCCACCACCCAGCCCAGCCUCCCACCGGCCCCUGAAGACAAGAAACCAGCCAAUGACCCAGAGGAGACCACCACGCCAAAGCAGGACACGGAAGGGGAGAUCCAGCCUGUACCUGCCACAGAACCCAAGUUUUCUCAGAAGAAGGGAGAGCAGAUCAUCAAGGACAUCAAGAAGUCCAGACAUUAUGAUGAUACAAAGAACAACAGUACUCAUGACCUGUCUCGAAGUCCCCAGAGUCUAAGCGACACAGGCUACUCCUCCGACGGCAUCUCCAGCUCCCACAGUGAGAUAACCGGCCUCAUCCAGGAGGAGGAGAUGAAGCUGAGCGAGAGAGGGAUCAGCGCCAGCCCCCCCAGCCCCUCAGAGAUCACCAAGCUGGAGAGCUCCAUGAGGCCCCUUCUGGAGUCCAAGGCCCUGCCGCCCGAGGAGAGGGAGCGAAGCCGUGGGAGGCACCACCGAGACCGGGACCGGCCACGCUCCCUGUCCAUCACCCCGGAGGCCUACGACUCAGACGAGGAGUUGGAGGACAUCUUAGAGGAGGAGGAGGAUGGAGGAGGAGACUGGGAAACCAAACGGGAGCACAGGAAGGAGGCCAAGGCGAAGGAGGAGAAGAAAGCUGCUCCUCCUCCUCCGGAGCCUGCAGAGAUGACCGAUGAGGAGUUCAUGAGGAGGCAAAUCAUGGAGAUGAGCGCUGAUGAGGACAACGAGGAGGAGGAGGAAGAGGAUGAGAUGGUGGAGGCAGAAGAUGAAGAGGAUGAAGGCUAUGGUUACCAGAAACCCAAGAAGAGCCACCACAAGCACCUGUCUGACUCGGCCAAGGAAAAGCGUAGACUCACCCACCACUCGAGCAGCUUCGAAGAAGAGACCAAGAGUUCCUCAGACGUGUAUAAAGGCUCAGCAGAGGAAGGCGAGGAGGACCUGAUGGCCUCACAGGGUGGCCUGCGUCGUUUCAAGACUAUCGAGCUCAACAACACGAGCAGCUACAGCCGUGACAUGGAGCUGAACAGCGAGAAUGACCUCAGUCUGGACCGCGAGCCCGAACUGGAGAUGGAGAGCCUGACGGGGUCUCCCGAGGAACGCUCCAGGGGCGACUACUCCUCCACUCUGCCGCCCACCACCUCAAGCUACACCUCGGGACAGUCCCCUACCUCAAUCUCCUCCAUGGAGGAGGACAGCGACAGCAGCCCCAGCCGCAGGCAGAGGCUGGAGGAGGCCAAGCAGCAGAGGAAGGCCCGGCACCGCUCCCACGGGCCCCUCCUCCCCACCAUUGAGGACUCCUCUGAGGAGGACGAGCUGAGGGAAGAGGAGGAGCUUCUACGGGAGCAGGAGAAGAUGAGGGAGGUGGAGCAGCAUAGGAUCCGCAGCACCGCCAGGAAGACCAAGAGAGACAAGGAGGAGCUGAGGGCCCAGAGGCGUCGUGAGAGGUCCAAGACUCCCCCGAGCAACCUCUCCCCUAUCGAGGACGCCUCCCCCACAGAGGAGCUGAGACAGGCGGCCGAGAUGGAGGAGCUGCACCGCUCCUCAGCCUCUGAGUACUCCCCCCAGAGCCUGGACUCUGAGGCCGAAGGCUACGAAUCAAAACUAUACAAGUCAGGCAGCGAGUACAACCUGCCCACGUUCAUGUCUCUCUACUCCCCCACGGAGAAGUCCUCCUCCACUACCACCACCACCGCCCCCUCAUCCUCCUCCUCAUCCAAGCCUCUUAAGAGCGCAGAGGAGGUGUAUGAAGAGAUGAUGCGGAAAGCAGAAAUCCUUCAGAAGCAGCAGAAGCAACAGCAGCAGCAGCACGGCAGGCAAGGGCAGUACUACGAGGAGGACGUGAACGGCCAGGACUACGAAGAGGAGUUUGAGUACGACCAGACACAGAGCGGCUACGACAACGAGGCGGCAGAAACGGACAUCUACGAGGAGAUCCGCCAGACGUCUCAGAACAUCACCAAGAUGCAGCAGGAAACGGACGAGCAAGUGGAGAUUGACAUGGAGGGCGUGGAGGGCAGUGCCUGCCCAGAAAAACAGCUGCUCGACACGGGAUCUGCCUUCGCCAAGCUCCUGGAGCAGAGCAAUGCUCUCCUGACUCCCGGUACUAGCCCCACCCAGGUUUCUGCUCCCGUUUCCUUCUCUGAAACCACUGGCCGGAUCCCUGACGUCAAGGUGACCCAGCACUACUCCAAAGACAGGAUAAAGAGCCAGACUGGUAAAAACGGCAUCACCCCAGUGGUGGCUGCCACAACCAUAGCAGCCUAUGGCGUCUAUGCCAGGGAUGCAGUGACAAUAUCCCAGACCAGUACCAGUCACACCAUGACCACUACCCAGUCAACUAUGUAUGGCAGGCACACUGGGGGCCCUGCCACAUCCACCACUACUGUCUCCAAUGUCUGCAGCAAGAUAGCAGAGAUAACCCAGGCCUACAGCCAGAGGGAGGUGGUCACCAAAAGGGCAGGAGACAACAGGGGGGUCCAGGCCAGAGAUACCUCCACUUCCUCAGAGCGCGUUAUCGAGCCACGCUCUCAUAAGACGCAUUCUUACUACCGGAGUUCCAGCCCUCCCCUCUCCCCUUCGCCUCCCACCAGUCCUAGGCGCUCCCCCUCCAGGAGGCACACCGUGGAGUUCUCCACCCAGACCCUGAACUCUGGCAUGGAGGUGCAGUCAUCCGGAUCGGGAUCUACCUCUCCAGUGAUGGCCCAAGGAACCCAGACGCCUAACAGGUCUGUCUCUCCACGACUCUAUAGACAGCAAUCUUCUCAGGAGGUGCCCUACUCCCCUCCCCGCAGCCCCGCUAGGCCGAUGACUGUCAACACAGCCACUUCCCCUCUGUCCUCACCCACGAGGUUCAGCAGACACUCCACGUUUGACUACUCUCCUGCAGCAAGCCCUCCAGACACCCCGCCCUACCACCAGUCCCCCCAGCACACCUUUUAUCAUACCCAGCGGGUGGAGAAGGUCAGUGUGGGGACCAGCAUGGUCACCACUGCCAGCACCUACAGCCGAGGCUCCAUGUCCAUGGACAACAUAUCCCUCUGCCGCAUCUCCACCGUCCCAGGCACCUCCAGGGUGGAGCAGGGGCAGAUGAUCCAGGGGGGGAGUGUGGUUGAUCUGAGAACAAUCGCCAAGAUGGCUCCUAUCAUCAUGACCGACCAAGGGAUGGACCUCACCUCCCUGGCCACAGAGACGAGAAGGUACCAGGGGGGUCCUGAGGGCAGCCCCAGCCGCCACUCCCACACCAUUGUCCAGCCGCUCAUCAUGAACCUGAAUUCCCAGGAGCACCCCCUUGUUAUGACCUCCACCACCCCCACCACCGUCAGCGUCACCGUGGCCGCCUCCAUGUUCAUCUCCCAGCCGAAGCAGCCCAUGGUGUACGGAGACCCGCUCCAGAACAGGGUGGACCUGGGCCAGGGCAUGGGCAUGGCCGUGUGUCUGUCCCAGAACAAGCCCCAACACAUAGACCCGGCCAUCCCCAAGAUUGAUGCCAGACUCGAGGACCUCAGCAUCCAGCAGCAUCAGUUGCUGAUGCAGCAGCAGAAGCUCCAGCAGCAGCAGGAGCUUCUAGAGCAGCAGCUCCAGCAGCACCACCAGAUGCAGCACGUCUCCAGCGGGGCACGGUUCAGCAUGCCUGGCCAGGUGCCACUACUGAAGAAGGAUCUGUUGGUCAGCCAGACCAGAGAUGCCCAAGCUGUGGUUAGUGCCAUUUCUUCAGCCGUAGCCCCAGACCUGUAUGUCUCUGGAGGUCCUCUGGAGUUGAAGGGCCAGCCUACCCCCGCAGGGGUGGUGAACCUGUCUGGGGGAAAGCCUCCCCAUGCCAUGCUGGUGCAAAUGGAAGCCGGGGCAGGACAGAUGGGGCCAGUUACCCAGUUGGUCAAGCCAGAAGAGGGGCAGGAUGCCGUUGAUCUGACGGGCCAGAUGAAGCCAGAGAACCAGUCAGGUUGCUGCGAUGUCGUUUACCAUCUCCCAUUUGGUGGUAGCUGUGUUGGGGAUCCCUUCUCUCAGAAAUCCAAUGUGGAAGAGAAGGAGGAAAGCCAAGGACCUCGGCCACCCUCUGCGCCUCCUCUCUCCCAUCCUUAUGACUCAGACCAGGAGGUCCAGCAGCAGUACAAUGAGUACCCCAUGAUGGAUGCCCGCAAGGGCUACACCCUGCCCUUCCCUGGUAGGCUCCAGCCCUCCAUGUCUGACACCAACCUGGCAGACCCUGGGCUGCAGUCCUAUCAUUCUAAAAUGGACCCUCACCUGCAGGCCACUGGAGAACUGGCCAUGGAUCUGACAGCUAUGAAGCAUGCCUAUGAGGGUGGGUUCAUGGGCAUGGGCAUGCAGUACGGCUCCUACACGGACCUUCGACACGGAGGGGAUGUGACCGCCCAGAGCAUGCCCAUACGCAGGUUCAACUCCCUGUCCAACAUCAGCUCCGAUUACGGAUACUCCCCCCGCGACUUGGCCAACUUCCAGGAGUCUAAUCUGGCUCAAUACAGCGCCACCACUGCCAGGGAGAUCAGCCGGAUGUGUGCCGCCCUCAACUCCAUGGACCGCUAUGCUAGCAACCCAGAGCUGAUGCAGUUUGCGGUUGGAAGAGGGUCGGGUCCAGGGAGCAGAAUAUCUUCAGGUCUAUCGGGAAUGAGGCCCAACAUGCUGUACGGGCCGGAUGGGAAGCCCAUCUCCCACAGCCAGGCCCUCACAAACUUGAUCAAUGCCCGGCAAGCUAGCCUUAGAGCCAUGUAUCCUUCAGCCAUAAGGUCCUCUGAUGGUAUGAUCUACUCUACCAUCAACACGCCCAUUGCCUCUACAUUGCCAAUCACCACCCAGCCAGCCUCUGUGAUGCGUCCACUCCUCAGAGGAGUUUACCGCCCAUUCCCCACCGCUAAUAUGACCCCUGUGCCCUUGACCAGCCUCAGCAGAAUGCCUGUCAAUCCAAGGAUGCCGCUGUCAGGUCAGGCUCAGAGGGAGAUCCACGAGCUGCAGACCAUCAAGGAGCAGAACAAGCAUGGUUUGCAAUUCUUUCAAGUUCACAAGGUCAUCCAACAGCAGCAGGCUGAGAGGGAGAACCAGCUGGUGAUGCAGAGGGAGCAGUUAGCCCAGCAGAAAGCCCAGCUCGACCAGAUACAGUCACUGCAGCAGCAGCUCCAACAACAACUGGAGGAGCAGAAGAGACAGAAGACUGCUGCAGCCACGGCCGCAGCCCAGGGCAUGCAGGUGGACUUGAACGGACAGACGUUGCAUCCCUAUGCAGAAGUCACUUCCAGGUCUCUGCCCAACUCCUCGUCUGAGCUGUGCCUGCGGAGCGGAGAAGAGCCCCCGGAGAGCCGCAGCAUGAGGAAGCAGAAUUCCAUGCCUCGUCUUCGGGACGGUGGUGAUGGAGAGAGUGUUCAAUUAUACGGCGCCCGCCGUAUUGUAGAUAGCUGUGUUCAGACGGACGAUGAGGAUGGCGAGGAGAGGUAUAUGUCCCGGCGCAGCAGACGCAACCGCCGUAGCGUGGACUGCAGCGUCCAGACGGACGACGAUGAGGAGAAGGUGGAGUGGGAGCAGCCCGUACGCCGUCGACGCUCGCGAUUUUCCCGCCACUCGGAUUCCUCUGCCCCAGACUCAAAAAGCGACAACACCAAGAUGGCGUCCUCCAGCAUCGCCAUCCAGACCAUCUGUGACUUCUCAUGCCAGACAGAGACAGAGCAACUUGGGAGGGUGUCCCCGGCCAUCCACGUGACCCUCCCAGACCCCAACAAGGUGGAGAUUGUCCACUACAUCUCUGGCCCGGAGCGGACCCAGAAGGGCCAGAGCCUAGCCUGUCAGACGGAUCCAGAGGCCCAGUCUCAGGGGGUGGUGGUGCCCCAGCUCAGCGUGCCUACCACUGUCAGCCCCUACUCCUCCAGCACAGAGACCCUCAGCCACUCCCAGCUGCGCCAGCACAACCACCAGCAGCAGCAGCAGCAGCAGCAGAAUGCCGCCGCGGCCAAGUUCGAGAGGCGCCGGCCAGACCCCUUGGAGAUCAGCUAUCAGCCACCACACCACCUCCACAACGAGUCCAUCUCCAGCCUCAUCCGCCAGGCGCCCCCAAAAUCCCCCCAGGUCCUCUACUCUCCUGUCUCUCCUGUCUCUCCACACCGACUGCUAGAGUCCUCCCUGUCCAGUGAAAGACUGAACAAGGCCCAUGUCACCCCACAGCAGAAGUCCUACACCACUGAGUCGCCCCAGAGACACCCCACCAUGCCCCGGCCCAUCAAGAGCUCGCAGAGGUCCAUGUCCGACCCCAAGCCGCUCAGCCCCACCACAGACGAGCACACCAAGGCUAGGCUGUGUCUCUCCCAGCAGCAGGCCCUGCAGAGCCAGCUGGCUGCCUUACAGCAAAGCUCACUGCUGAGGAAGGUAAAGCGGACCCUACCCAGCCCUCCUCCAGAAGAAUCCCACUUACCCAUGGUGACCCCAGCACUCCCCCAGCUCUACAUGCCCUCCAUGGCCAGCCUGAAGGCAGCCUCCCGGCCCGGCCUGGCAGCCAAGGCCAGUCUCUUAAAGGACCUCACCCACGAGCUGAAGGCCGUGGAGCAGGAGUCCACCAAGCUACGCAAGCAACAGGCCGAGCUGGAGGAAGAGGAGAAAGAGAUCGACGCCAAGCUGCGCUACCUGGAGCUGGGCAUCACCCAGAGGAAGGACACGCUGGUGAAGGAGAGGGAGAGGAGGGAUAUCGCUUACCUGCGCUGUAUGGGCGACGCCCGGGACUACAUGUCCGACAGUGAGCUCAACAACCUGCGCCUGGUGGCAGCAGCAGCCAGCUAUGAGAGCAACGGGCUCCUGGCGCGGCCCAACACUGCGCCACUCAGCCAUUUCACCAGUGACCUCAACACGGCCGCACAAUUUCCCCCCACUUCCUCCUUUGUGUCCUAUCAGUAUGCCCAAAGCCAGUCAGCUUCAGUCCCCCAGCCACAACCACCCUAUCAGCCCUCAAGCUACAACCAGCCCCCAUACCCAACAGUUUCCCAGUCCCAGACCCUACCCCAACCUACCCCGCUUCAGACCCAAACCCCCGCCCCUCCCUCUUACCAGACCCAACCCUCUUAUCCCUCUCACACCUAUCCCCUGUCUCAGCCCCAACACCAGCCCCUGCCCCCAUACCCCCAGUCAGACCAUGGGCAGCCCGCCCUCCCCCAGCAUCUCUCCCAGUCCCAGCCCAGCCACGGGGGCUUUGCCCCUGCCCAACCCGGUCAGCCCCCAUACCCAACCCACAGCUCCCCUUUCCCCAUCCAGACGUCCACUUACCCAGGAACCCAGAGCUCCACCUACCAGCCCCAGGCUGACAUUCUCACCGUGCACCAGAGGCCCCGGCAGACAUCUCUAGCCGACUUAGAACACAAUAUGCCCACCAACUAUGAGAUCAUCAGCAACCCCACAGUGGUAGUGACCACCACGGCACAGGACGCCACCUACUGCUCCAGCGGAGCGCCCUCCUAUGGACAGUACACAGGUACUACAACCAUGGCUAGCUCUUAUGGCCCAUAUUCCUCCCCUGUGUCCAGUACAUACGGCCAGUACAGCACCACAGCAGCCAGCACCUACGGCCAGUACACUUCCACUCCAGCCAGUACGUACGGACAGUACACAACCACCACAGCUAACACGUAUGGCUACACCACCACCACGGCCAGCUCCUACGGUCAGUACACCUCCACAGUGGCCAACAGCUACGGAGGUCACUACAAGCCAGACCCCUCCCUCCACUCUGUGGACAGCCCCUCCACCUACGCCAGCGAUGGCCUUUACGGAGGUUCGGGCCUGGAGCAGAGCAUCCCCAGGAACUACGUCAUGAUCGAUGACAUCAGCGAGCUGACCAAGGAGGGGAUGGGCCCCCACAGCGACGGCCACGGAGGACGCUACCCCGGAGACGUUGGCCCCGUCCUGGGCCCCGGGACUGGCCCCGGUGUGGGUCCGGCACGAGGCACAGGCAGCGGAGGCACUUACGGCAGGCCGGAGGACGAACGGGAGGAAGACCUGUACGACCACCACGGCAGGGGUAAGAGCUACCACCCGCGAGGGUCAGACACGCACGGACGAGUAGUGAGCAGCGGCAGUGCUAGCAUGGGUGGGGGAUCCUCCUAUUACUAUGAUGACUACAAACAUGGCGGCGUGCCGGUGGGCUUGGCGGGGGGGCGCACGUCUCAGAAGCCCUCGUCCAGGAGCCUGGCGCCGGCCGUCAUGUCGGCCAAACGCAGCAAGCACCGCAAGGCCGGCAUGGAGCAGAAGGUCUCCAAGUUCUCCCCAAUCGAGGAGGCGCGUGACGUAGAGGCCGACAUGGCCUCCUACUCCUCCUCCACUGGGGGAGGUGUCUCCAUGGUAACCCGUGGCCGCCGCCUCCACGACGACCCCUACGGGCUGAGGAAGGGCGGAGCCUUCGACCCGAGGUACUACGGCAGCAUGGUGGUGGAGGAGGACGACAGGAUCUACUACACUUCGGGCCGCUCACGCUCCACCGGCUACGGCAUGGACAAGGUGGCGUCCAGGGACUACCCUGGGUACCGGAGCCGCUCCUACGAAAGAGACUCGUCCUCCUCCUACCGUUCCAACUACGGCUACAGCCGGGGCCGCCACCCCACACGCCAGUACUCCGAGGAGGAGAGCUCACUCAGCCCCCUGGGGGUCGGCAGAGCCUCUGACCCGUACGACCCGGCCCGCUCUAGUCAGUAUUAUUACGGCCAGUACUACGGGUCCAGCCACUCGCUCCCAGACGUGCAGGACCACAUGAUCCGAGACCUGCCGCGGACGCACGUCUACAAACCCGACGAUGCGUACAUAAUAGACGAUAUGCACUGUGCUGUGUCAGACAGCGAAGCCUACCACCUGAGCCAGGAGGAGACCGACUGGUUCCAGAAGCCUCGCUCCACCUCCCGUCACUACGGCAGCAGUGGCCACUCCUCCUCGGGGCGGAGCAGGCACGUCAAACACACCUAUCACGAUUACGACGAGCCGCCUGAAGAGGACCUGUGGCCGCAGGACGAGUACGGACAUGGGGGACGUCACACGACAUCCCGAGACCAACGUCACCAAGGCAGCGCCUCGCGCCACUCCUCGUCCAGGCACGGGGACGAGACGCGCUCGUCACGCUCCUCCAAAGGCCACCCCAAGGACCCUUCGCUGCGCCACGACUCCCAACGGAUGUCCUCCUCCUCUGGGAAAAGAGGGGAGUCUCGCUCCUCGGGGUACCACUCGUCAGACUACACCCGGGACCCAUCGGGGCACCACCAUGGCCAGCGCUCCUCCAAGCAGGGCUCCCACAACCAGGGAAGCUCCUCCCGGAGCAAGCAGCAGCAGCAGGACCUCCAGGGUCACCCGCCCUCCUCCAGGCAGCCUGGCAGCAGCUCAGGCCGGGUACAGGGCCCUGCCAGUGGGCCUCCCGGCUCAGGCAGGCAGGGUCCUGGUGGUCCCCAGCCAGAUGGAGCUCCAGGUCAGAGGACCCAGCUCCAGCAGCAGCCUCAGACCCAGGCAACCAGGCAGACCCAGCCACCAUCAGGGACGGUCAGUACCCAGCAGCAGCCCCCAGGCUCAGCUCAAGCCCAACAGCUUCAGGCUAAGCCUGGUCAGCCUGGUAUGGCUGGUCAGCCUGGAAUGGCUGGUAUGGCUGGCCGGCAGCCAGGCCCUGCAGGGCAACAACCACCUAUGGCGGCAAAGACAGACACCCCCCCAAUGACUGCCAUAGGAGCUAAGGCAGCAACAGCGCAACCUGCAAAAACAGCCCAGCCCCCCCUCACAGGAAUAGGUUCCAAGGCGGGCCCUAGACCAGGAGGCAUCGGCAGCGCCGCGGCAGGCCUGCCGGGGGCGGAGGGAGACAGCGUCCUCUCCAAGAUCCUGCCAGGAGCAGCCGCCGAACAGGCCGGGAAACUUGGAGAAGCUAUCUCUGGAUUUGGCAAGAAGUUCACCUCAAUGUUCUGAGGUGCUGAGAUGAAGGUGUUUGUAAAUGUUACGGAUGAUGUCACGAGGCCUCGUACCAGAAAAAACCUAUGAAGUUCCAUAGCUUUGAUGAGAGAGAUGGAGAGAGGGAGAGGAGAGAGGAGGAGAGAGGGAGGAAGAGAACAUCAGGGAGCGGACAUCUGAAAGCACUGCCAAUAAGGAAUCAAUGGAUGCUGCAGAUCUCAGGCGUGAACAAACAAUGUCAGAGAAACAAACUGUUUUCUCUGGCAGGCCAGACAAUCGAUUCAAGGGCCCCCAUUGUUCUAAAAAGGAACCGACAAUGAAGCCACUCCCCAUGUCAAAGACCCAGACAACCCCUCGCCCACAGAGCUCCACCAUAGGACCUGCAGAGAACCUGCUCUCGGCUGCUCUGCCUUCCCACCACUAGAGGGAGUACCUCACAGGCCAGUGCUGCUGAGACCACCAGUCCCUGCCACAGAAGAAGAGUAGAGUAGCUCUGAGGAAACUGCCUGGCUGGUCCCUCUGCUGAGGAUUCAGCUAAACGAGCUUGUACGGAAAAGGAAGGGGAGCAGUGCUGGGAUUCCAUUGUCAUGUGCUGGUGAUACUGGGCUCUGUGGGGGGCUUGUGCCAAGAGCAACUAUCGCCUCCUAGGUGGUUUGGAGGCCUGGCAGGAUCCUUGGUUCCCGACACCUGUGCUCAGAUAGAAAAUAAUGGAAAACACAAAGAAGUCCACUCUACUCGAAAAAGAAAUGUUGUGCUUCAUAGGCUUUUCUGGUACAUAAGGACCUCUUAUUUAAUCAUUUAAAAAGGAGAGAAGAUGACUUUAAAAAAAAAAGAAAAAAAGAGGUUAUGAUGACGAAAAUGUUGGUGAUGUUGACGCUUCGGAC